GGAGGAAGAGGGGGAGGUGGUGGAGGCUUCCGUGGUGGAAGAGGAGGGGGACAAAUGAAUGGAUUUGGUAGUGGUGAUAGACGAUCAAGUGGAGGUGGCGGAAGCUUCCGUGGAAGUCCUCGUGGUUCUCCACGCGGAAGAGGAGCAGGAGGCCGCGGAGGAAGAGGCGGUAGUGGAAUGAAAGGAGGAAAGAAAGUAAUUAUUGAACCUCACCGUUUAAAAGGAGUUUUCAUUGUAAAAGGCAAAGAAGAUGCUUUAGUAACAAAAAAUAUGGUGCCUGGUGAGUCAGUUUAUGGAGAAAAACGAGUCUCUAUUCAAAACGAACACUCAAAUGAUACUGAUGAACAAAAAACAACAACAGAAUAUCGCGUUUGGAAUCCUUUCCGUUCUAAAUUGGCAGCCGCUAUAAUGGCAGGAGUUGAAGAUGCACACAUCUUUCCUGGUGCUCGAGUUCUUUAUUUGGGUGCUGCUUCUGGUACUUCUGUUUCGCACGUUUCUGAUAUUGUUGGACCGGAUGGAAUUGUUUAUGCCGUGGAAUUUUCACACAGGAGUGGUCGUGAUCUUUUGGGAAUGGCCAAAAAACGACCAAAUGUUGUUCCAAUCGUGGAUGAUGCUCGACACCCACACAAAUAUGCAAUGAUGGUAGGGAUUGUUGAUACAAUCUUUUCUGAUGUUGCACAACCUGAUCAAGCAAGAAUUGUGGCUCAUAAUGCACACAAAUUUUUGAAAAAUAAUGGACAUGUUGUGAUCUCAAUAAAAGCAAAUUGUGUUGACAGCACUGCUGAACCAGAGGCAGUUUUUGCUGGGGAAGUGACACUUGAACCUUACGAACGUGAUCACGCUGUGGUUGUUGCUGAAUAUAGAGCAUCAAAGAAAGUGAAAAAGGAAAAGAAGGAAACUAAAACGGAGGAAAUGGAAAGCUGA